AUGAAAAUUAAGUUGGACUUCAAUAAGGCCUAUGACAGAAUUCAGUGGGAUUUUCUCUUAGCAGUAUUGGCAAGGAUGGGUUUUCACUCUAAAUGGAUCCAGUGGAUAAGGGAGUGUGUGACCACAGUCAGGUUUAGAAUUGUUGUCAAUGGGGCUAUUCAAUUAGCUAUAACUCCGUCCCGAGGUUUACGACAAGGGGAUCCUCUUUCACCCUACCUGUUUCUUUUGGUGUCCGAUGUGUUUUCCAAACUUCUCAGCAUUGAAAGUGCUAACUUGCUGGACAUUCUCCGUACAUAUUGUGAGGCUUCGGGCCAAGUUAUCAAUUUUGAUAAAUCCAAUAUUACCUUUGCUUCAAAUGUCCCUCAGAACAUUCAAGAUGAGAUCUGUCAAAAAACUGGAAUUACCAAAGCUUCUUCAACUGUAAGUUAUCUGGGAUUGCCAUCUUCUUGGGGAAGAUCAAAGGCUGAAGCUUAUAGCUAUCUCCUUGAAAAAAUGUUAUCCAAGCUCCAAGGGUGGAAAGCAAAACUUCUCUCUUUAGCUGGUCGCGAAGUCCUUCUUAAGGCUGUUGCCCAAUCUCCCCCAUCGGUUGAGGAUUUGAUUAACAGUCGGAGAGAGUGGAACUUGCCUACUCUAAAUCAAGUCUUAUUGGCAGAAGAGGUAUCUGCAAUCAGGUCUAUCCCUAUUUCAGUGAAAGGGAGAGAAGAUAAUCUCAUCUGGCACAAUGAGGCAAAAGGAAUUUUCUCUGUUAAAUCGGGCUAUCAUUUAAAGGGCCAGGAGAAACGCAAAAGGGCUGCCUAUUGUGCUUCAUCAUCAUUCCAAGUCCCAGAAAAAGGGACUCAAUCCUCUGCAUCUCAACUUUUGGGGCAGUUUGCAUGGUUGGGUUGGUUAAUUUGGAAGGGAAGGAAUGACUAUAUCUUCAACCAUGUUGGGGUAGAACCCUUAUCCACUUUAUUUCGCUUCCAGACGGGCACAGAAGAGUGGCUCCGAGCACAUCCCUUGACACCCUCUUCCAGCCUUCGUUCCACAAGGCCUGAGCUGCUUUUGGAUACUCAACUUGCUUGGCAACCCCCUCCUCCAGGAGUCAUAAAAAUCAACUGUGAUGUCGCAAUGGGAAUAGGCUCUGAUAAGGCUGUGGUGGCAACUGUGUUUAGAAAUUCUCAUGGUCAAAUUUUGGAUGGUUUUACUCAAAAAGUCAACAUCUCAUCUUCCUUCCUAGGGGAAGCAUGGGCCAUUCGAUCGGCUUGUUAUGCGGCUCGCGCCCACAACCUCUCUUCUGUUGAAAUAGAGGGGGAUAACAAAACUAUCAUCUUUCUGUAUGUCUCUGAGACUGAUCCUCCCUGGGAAGUUGCUGCCAUUAUUUAUGAUAUCAGAAGCUUGGCUCGGGAAGGGUCCUUUUUGUUUUCCUAG